CCAGCCGCUCUCUGGAGAGCAACGAAGAAGAAACACACGGAGCAGGCCAGCUCGGGUCAAGAGCACUAUCUGUAGUCUGAAUGUGUGCAGGUAGGGUUGCUCACCAGACACGACCAUGUCCGCCGCCGUGACUUCCACAGACAGCCACGGGUCCUGGGUGGAGUUGGAGAUGAACAGAGGCACAGCUGGAUCGGCCCAGUCGGCCUCCACGGCCCCGGGCCUGCUGCCCCUCCCUCAGGUGGAGGAAGAGGAGGCCAUGGUGGGGGGGCUGGAGCAUGUCCCAUCCUCGUCCUCGAUCCACAACGGAGACAUGGAGAAGAUCCUGCUGGACGCCCAGCACGAGUCAAGCCGCAGCAACUCCUCCUGCGACAGCCCCCCCGCGGCCCCCAGCCCCCAGGAUGACGGGCAGAUCAUCUUUGACGUGGACGUUAGCGGGAGAAGAGACAGCCAAUCAGAAGAGGACGUCUUGGACAAGGAGAGGGACAUGGACAUCCUGAUGAAGGACGCAGACUGGGUUGCCGACUGGUCUAGUCGACCGGAAAACAUUCCCCCCAAGGAGUUUCAUUUCCGUCACCCUCGGCGCUCAGUAACACUAAGCAUGAGGAAGACCGGGGCCAUGAAGAAAGGAGGAAUCUUCUCCGCCGACUUCCUCAAAGUCUUCAUCCCCUCGCUGCUGCUAUCACACAUCCUCGCUCUGGGGCUGGGGGUGUACAUCGGAAAGAGGCUGACCACGCCUCCCGCCAGCUCGUUCUGAACCUGAGACUGAAGAAAAGUGCCUGAGGAGUGGCCACGAGUCGUCGGAGGAAGUUUUUGCUGUUGCGAGAAGAACGGCCGUCUCUUCUCCCCCUGCCCCCCACUCCCCCCCUUUCAUCCCUGAGAUAUGUUCUCAGGAGAAAUGCAUCUGCCUUUUCCCCUCUUCAUCUCCUCUCCUAGCACCCCUCUCCUCCCCCCCUUUUUUUUCUUGAUCAGCUGUUCCCUGACUGUCUGCAGAUAUUCCCCCCCUCUCCCGCCUUAUAUCCUUCACUCAUUUGUGUUCGCUUUUUCGAAGAAUGAAUAAGGUCAUGUUUCACUCUACCCAGCGAUUGGGUUUGAUGUUUAUUAACAGGUGGGUUUCCAGGGAGGGUCGCAGCAUCAAACCAAACUCUACUGCUACACACUGCCCCUUGAUCAUGUAACAACAAGGGAGGACUGUUCAGUUUUAGAUCCUACCAGAGAUUGUGCCACCUACGUACUCGAUAUCGAAAAGGUUUUCGACCAAAUUCUGCGUCGGCCACCAGAAUACGAAAAUGUGAUCAUGCCUUUUUGAAAGUAGCCAUUUUUUUUGCUCAAUUUCUUUUAGGUUUUUAAUUUAUUUUACAGUGGUGGUUUAUUGGGCAGGUGUAAAGCCACCAUAGUGGCCAAUCCUAAACAACGAGCUCUCAUGAAUGGCUCUGGGGAAGUCUCUGGCUCGGUCUGCCAGACAGGACGGAUUUACGUUUUUCACUCUUUUUGCAAUGGAAACUAGGAAUCAGAAUCUAUUCAAUUCUGCAUCUGAAUGAAUAUUUUGCAAAGCGACAAUAACUGGAAGUCAGGCUGUAGAUGUGUGUCUUGCAGGCGGCGUGUCCCCCUCUAUCUCCAACAGUAUUUUACUGUUUAAUAGCAGCAUGGUGGGUUCUAGAAAUGUCCAGGCGUCUGUCCAAACAGCCAGUGUCCACGUUGUCCUUCCACUGAGCUUCCUGGUUUGUCUAUAACAUAUCUUAGAGCUUGUUUGCUCCUGACUGAUCAGUUCCCACUUAUUUUUACUACCGAUAAGGCUGGAAAAGCUGGAUAUGACAUGAUACUGUGGUGCUUGUUUCAUAUCCAAAGUCAUCAAAAAGCAUUCAGUACCAAAAAGCUGAACAUGACAUUGGAACUUUCUUAAUCGGCAUUUGUUUUGAGGAUGUUUGAGCAAUUUUAUUUAAAAGUCAAGUAUUUCAUGAAAGAUGAAUUCAAUAUGAAACAGGAAAUAGUUGCCUUUUACUUUUGCCUUGCCUUUUUUUUUUUAACGCUGCUAUCUUUGUAUAAAAAUGUGCAGUGGUGGCCGUUCCUGCUUUCUAACACUCCAACACGUUUGCCAACAGAAAUACUGUCAGAUGAAGUGAACUGACUACAGGGUGUGAACAGGUGAUCCUCACUUUGACAUUUGUCACGGUGACACUACAGAUGUUCAGCUACUUGCAAUCGGCCGAGGGGAUUUUUUUUUUAAGAGGCUCUACUUUAUGUUUAAACAUAAGUACUUGUAUGAUUCAGAGGUCUACAGCAUGAUGGAAAGCCUCAUCAGACAUCCGCUUGACUGCACUAUCUGAGGUUGGACUGUGGCCAGUUUCAAAGUGGACCUUCCAUAGUCAGACCUGGGUCAAAUAAUAUUUGAUUUAGAAGUUCAGAUCUCCUUGAACACCAAUCCAGUAAGUAAAGAACUCCUAGAGAUCUGAUAUUUAAGUUACUCAGGAGUAAAUUACCUUUUUUUUUGUUGCUUUUCAUUGCCGACUACUUUGACUACCUUUUCAAAAAAUGCUGAAUGAUUUUUAUGGUUGCUGCAUUUCAGUGUUACAUUUCACGCAGAAAGUAAAGAGUGCACAAUAACUUCUAUGAGCUCUGGCAGUUUUUAAAAUCAGGGCUUGAUGAGUGAAGGUAUCUGAAAGAAUCGCUACUUUACUUUUCUGCUAUCGACAUUUCCUUGAAGUAAAGUCAAAUUAGCCGCUCUGUGAAACAGUUUUGCUGCAAAUACUAUUUGACCCCGUAGGUUGAGCCAGGUGGUCCUGGUAUCUUUUUGUUUGCACACCCGCAUCCAGACGAUAAAUACUAAGUGCUGGACAGAAAAGGAUGUUAAAGACGGUAAAAAUAGAAUCCGCAUGCGAGAUAAUGCAACCGAGAACAUUUAAUUGAUAACCAAAGGUGAUGUUUAGAGAGGUCUAGUUCUUCUUUGAAACAUCAACGUUGGUAAUCUAUUGAUCUACAUGUUCAUGGGAGAGUUAUCUCGUAAGAAGACACUAUUUCAUCUGUCUUAUCUUUUAGUUUUAACUCUUAUGACAGACUUAUCAACUACCAACAAUGAUGGGGUAUGGUUUCCAUUUCACAUAUGUCUACCUAUGUUUGACAGCAGUAUUCUGGAUUCUUCUGUCCCAGCUUGAGUGUCUGUUUUUAUUUUUCCUGAUUUUUGCAGAAAGAUUGUGAACGCACAGAGAAGGAGUCGAGUUUAAAAGUGUGAAGAUAGAACCCUCAUUGUUGAUGGCAGGGCCUACUGUGAAUAGGAAAAUGGAAGGUGUGGAAAGAGACUUCCCUCAGGCUGCGAUGCUCUAACAUUAGUUACUGUAAUGAUGCGUUUGCUUUGAUUUUCUUUUCUCCCACCACAUUGGAAGAAUUAAUCAACAUUUUGUCAUUAAAAAUGACCUGAAUGAA